AUGUUAAUCAUAACUUUGACAAGCAUGUUACUUGCGCUAUUAAGCAAUAAUGUUGAAGGUAAUAAGAUCAAAUAGUAUUGUAGCCAUGAUGAUGGACUCUUCAACAGAUUCAUCUUCAGAUGCAGUUGUAAUUUUAGCUGCUUCAACUGUUUUAGGAUAAGAAAAUUCUGGUCUUUCGGGUUCUGUGAUGGGAGGAACAACAAUUUAUAUGAAAGUAAGAGAAUAAAUAUUCUUAAAGGUUCAAGGAUUAGACUAGACUGCUAGCAAUAAUGCAGUGUACAUUGGUAAAUACCCAUGUAUUAUCUCCGACAAGGGAGUUAAUGGAUUGUUCAUGAACUGCAAAACUACAAAACCAAAUUCAGAUGACAAUAACUUAUCUGGCUUAUAAGUUGUUGUCAAGGUAUCAGGUAAACCAGACUCAGUGUGUGCUUCAAUUUCCUCAAAAUGCCUUUACAGUUACUCUCAAUAUUAUACACCAAAAUUAUUUUAUGUUAGUCCAAGAUCAAAUUAUCCAAGAACCCUAAGCUAUUGGAGGGCUAAGUGGGCUGUGUCAAGCACACUUGUAUAAUAUCUAGAAGGAUAAUUCAUGGGAGCCAACAGAUGCGACAGAUUCACAGUUUAAGAUUAGUAUCCAGAUGAGAUUAAUUUCUGGGAUGAUUAAGUUGUAUGUUAGGUUUCAGCUGAAAUCAAAGCAGGAUAUUAUGAUUAUACUAUUAAAUCAUAGAGUGGAUAUCAAACCAAUGAUGUUGGGAUAAAAUAAAAAAAAAUUUAUUCUGAUAGGACAUAUAAUUCAAAGUAUUGAAUAUUCUUAAAUUUUAGAGUUCUUCCAGUUAUAACAGGAAUAAAUACGAAUUCAGCAUCCCCAGAGGGUUAAAUUUUGUAAAUUUCAGGAUUUGGAUUUAGCCCAAUAGCCAGUGAAAAUGCAGUCAAGAUUUCAGGUUAAUCAGAAAUUAUUUAAGUUUUAUCAUCAACUCCUACCACUAUUAAUGCAAGAAUACCAAAAUUGAGCAAUCUACCAACUGUUGCUGAUGCUACUGAAAGCUCAGUUUUUAUUUAAGGAAGUGGAUUACAUUAUACAAGAUGGGAUGUUUCAGGAUUGAAUCUUAAUUGUGCUUCCUUCAGAAAUUAGAUAAUUACUAACUAAGCUCAAUUAGACAGUAGAAUUUAAUUUAAUGGAAUUUAUCCAGAACCUGAUGUGUAAAGUUAAUUUGGAGAAUAUUAUGGAUAAUAUUUCAGAGGAUUCCUAAAAGCACCCUUCACUGGAAAUUACAAGUUUUAUAUUGCUUCGGAUGAUUGCUCAUAAUUCUUCAUUCAAACAACUUAAACCAAAUAGGCAAUCAGACCUGAUACAGCAACUGCUGCUAGUGGAUGGAAUCCAUACAGAAACUAUUGGUAUGAAUAUUUGAGUUACUCUAACUCAAUUAAAACAAUAUCCAACUCUGUUUCUUUGUAAGAAGGAGAAUUCUAUUACAUUGAAGCAUAUCAUCUUAAUGGUGCAGCAGGUGGAUAUCUUACUCUAUCUAUGGAAAUCGAGAGUGCAACUAGAAAAUCUAAUUCAUUAAAUAGUGUCUAUGAAAUUUCAACAUCCUACACACCAGUCAAAGAAGUGAUUGAAUUAACCUUAUAUAAUUCAGCUGGAAACACUUUAUUAGCAGGUAAGUAUUAACUUUAAUUCACUUUUGGUACUAAAACCACACCAUAGACAACUGUGUAUUAUUCUUACACCACUGGAGAUAUAGCUCCUAAUGCAAAUGCAAAUGCCAUUAAAAAUGCAAUUUAAAACUGUGGUGGCAAUUACUAAGUCACUGUGACAGCCACAAAAUUAGAUAACACUGGAGCUGCUUUAGACGAUGCAGUCACAACAUUCGCUGGAUAUAAAUAUACUAUUACAUUUGAUUCUCACAGAGGUACUGUUUAAUAUAGAGCACUUCCAAAAAUCGUCUCACCUAGUCUUAAUGGAGGAACACCCGUAUCAAAUAUUGUAAGAACUCAGGAACCUGCUGAUCCAAUUAGUGGAACCUUUUAAUUAACAAUUACAAUAAACGGAAUUGACACUUUAUUCUAAGUAGCAGAAAGCAAUUAUGAUUUGCCUUUUGAUGCUUCGUCAUCAUUGAUUGCUGAUAACAUUGAAAGAAUCACUGGUUAAAGACCUUUUGUCUGGAGUUUCGGAAGAGCACAAGAUGGAUGGAAAUGGUACAUCAUUCUAAGAUCACAUGUGGAAGGACUUUCUAGCUUAUCAAUUUCAAGCAACGUUUUAGCUUCAGGAAAUGGAGAUGUAACUAUUGCUGUUUCUUAACCAAUCGCAGAUAGUACUAAUUUAUUAUUUGAACCAAUUCCAAAUGAACUACUAUUUACCUAUAGUCAACAUCCCUAAGUUUAAGUUGAAGUGCAAUACUAGUUAAAAGAAAAUGAUGUUGUUGUUGAAACAGAAUAAAUUUUAGCUGGUUGUGAGUAGGCCAACGCCUGUGAUUUCACUUUAAGUGAUGAAAAGACCCCAACUUUAACAGCUUAUACAGUCUCAGGAUCCCAAUUAUCAGUAACUUUAACAUAAGGAGUUGGUUUAGCAGUUACUCGACCUGACUUAGAAAUAUCAUUUGCUGGAGCUGAUUGUACAAAUAUUCAGCCACAUGCUACAUUACCCAACACUUUUACUUGUACAUUAGAAUAAUUGAAUGGAUAGAACAUCAAGGAGGCUGGAGAUAAUUUAGUGCCUGCUGUACAUCAUAAAGCCAUCGGAUUUUCUAAAAUUGAUGCUGGAGUAACUGGAGAAACUGUCAAUUUGGUUAUAUCAUCUGUGUUGCCAGCAACAGGAUCCCCAGAUGGUGGCACUACUAUUACUAUCACAGGUACUGGAUUCCCUAAGAAUUUAAAUAGAGAAUUCGCAUUCAAAAUUGAUGGCUAGGAUGUUCAUCCCUUAUCAAUCACAAAUACUUAAAUCGUAUUCAUUAGUCCUAAGAAAGUUAGUGGAGGCACUGGAGCUAUUUCUUUGUCCUUCAACGAAAAAACACUCACUAGUAGUUCAUUUUCAUAUGAUGAUGCUUUGAGAAUGUAAAUUUCAUCCUUAGAAUUCAAUUCAUAAUCACCAAUAUUCAAGGGAGAGAUGACAAUCACAGGAACCAAUUUCGGAACUGUUGUCGAUGAAAUCAAAGUCACUUUAGUAGGAACCAAAUCUUAUAAUGCUAAGGUCAUUUCAGUUACAAAUACUUCCAUCAAAGUUUAUUUAAGAGGAGGAAUGCCUGGCGAAUAUUUAGUCACUGUUACAAGGAAAGAUUAUGGUAAUUCAUAUGCAAAUACUGGUGAUAACUUGUUUAAGUACAUCAUCCCAAUUACCAGUGUCACUUUAGAAGAUGGCACUAGUUAAGCAAAAGGAUCUGAAGCUGGAGGAACAGUUAUUAAAAUUACAGGAUCUAAUUUCGUUAAGGGAGAAACUCUAGUUUUUGUGGGUAUUGCUGUAAAUUGGCUUUGUGAAAUUGAUGAAAGUAGAUUUACAAGUGAGGUGAUUUAUUGCACAGUCCCAGCAAAAAAUGAAUAUUACAGUGUUGCAGAUUAAUUAGUUGUCGUAGCUUUAUAAGUAACACUUGAAUCAACAUGUCUUGAUUCUACUAACAAUUGUAAAUUUACUUAUGAUAAUACAUUGACUCCAGUUAUUAAUGAUUACCCAGCAUCUUCAACUUAGUUUACUGGAUCAAGAAUUUUGACAGAGAGCGAUCAUUAAAAACCUGAUUAUUAAAAAUUGGUCUAGAGAAAGAGAUUUUUAUGGACAGAAGAAACAAAAAAACAAGGAAAUGAUCAUAUUUUAAAUCUUGGUAAAUCACCCAGAAGAGAUAUGCUUUCAUCUGCUGAUAUAGUUUUAAGUCAAUAAAAGACAUAUGCUCCAUAAGACACAGAAACAUUGACAGGAACAGGAUUAACCAGUGAAGUAUCAGUAGUAUUCAAGGGUCCAAUCACAUCGAAAGUUGCAGCUACUAUUUCUGGAUCUUCCUUCACUUAUACAAUUCCAAAUUUACCUCAAGGAUAGUACUCAACUUAUAUUUUAACUUAAAAUGGCUAUGCAGAUAAGAUCUGGGUUACAGUAAUUGGAUUAAGUAUUACAUCGAUUGAUGCUGCAUCCAUCGGUGGGUAACUUCUGACUAUUAAUGGAUAUGGAUUUAAUGCAGACAAAUCUCCAAGUGUUAAAAUUGGAACAACAUUGUGUACUGAAUUAUAAGUAGUUUCCAGCAUUUAAAUCAAAUGCAGAAUGGCCAGAUAAUCAGGGUCAUCAGCAGCAGUUACACUAUCCCAAUUACCUUCUGAAAAUAAUUCAGCAGUUCCUAUCACAGCCUCAUUUACUUUAUCAAUUAAUCAGUCAUCAAAUUCUCCCACCUUCACAGCCAUCAGUGGUGCUACUUAUGAUUCUACACAAAAGGCCUACUUGGCUACAACUGGAAAUGUUGCUCUUGUAUUCACAGGUGUUAGACUUACUGGUACUACAAUAGUUGUUACAUUGGAACAUAUGGGUCACAAGAUAGCUGCAACAGUCUCAGCUUAAUCUGAUACUUCCGUCACAGCUACAUUCUCAAGUUUACCAGCAGGAGUCUAUUCAAUCAACCUCUUGGUGGAUGCUAAAUAUGCUUAUAUAAGUGAUGUGACCAAAUAGAAAUUAAUUGUCAGUGCAUCUCAACCAACCUCAAAUAAUCCAACAGUCUCAUAUGCAGGAGGUGCAUCAGUAACAUUUACUGGAGCUGGUUUUGACUCUGUUAAGGAUUAAAAUUCAGUAAAACUUUGUGGAUUUGAUUGCCCUAUCACAAGUGCAACCUACUCAACAUUGUCAUGUGAAACUCCAAAAUUAUUGACAGCUUCAGUUUUGAAUCAAUAUCCUGCUUUGUAAGAACCUGCUAGGUAUAUUAAACCAUCUGAAGUUACCUUGUUGGCUGAUACAGCAACAUCAGCUAGUAAAUUCUUUGAUUUGCUUCAAUCAAGUUAUUAUGUAUCUAGUGCCACUUCAAAUUGUUACAUUCAAGUCGACUUUGGAGCAAAUAGAGUUUUGAAAUUGCAUUAAUUGAGAUACAUUCCAAGAAUCGAUAAACCAGCAAUUCAAUUGAAAGAUGCAGUGUUCCAAUACACAACAGAUGGUACUAAUUGGUAGACUUUACUAACAGUUGAUUAGACUGUGCAUACCGGUUGGAAUAUUUAUGUUCCAACAACCGAUGUUUCAGGCAUUAAAGCAAUCAGAUUGUUUGAUUCAAGAGGAUCGACUGGAUCAUCAUGUUAAUUAGCAGAAAUAGAAUUGAAAGGUUGGGUUUUAUCAAAUAGCAAUAAUGCAUACUCUGUUCCAACUUCAUGUGGUGCAGAAAUCUCAGUCAAUGGAUAAGCUCUUACUGCAGUAUCAAAUGCUGUUAGUUACUCUUCAAGUAGUGUUCCUAUUGUCAAUGCUGUCAGUCCAGCUUCAGGCAGAUUUACUGAAGAAGCAGUUAUUACAAUUACUGGUACUGGAUUUGUUAAUGGAUAAACUACAGUAACCAUAGAUGGAAUCACAUGUGCCAUUUAGAAUGUUACACCAACCUAAAUUGUCUGUAAAACUGGAGUCAAAGAUUUAGAAGAAACUUAAUUAAAUGGAGUAUUCUAAGUAAGAGUUAAUGGAAACUUGGCAGUGAACAAUCAAAAGUUCAUUUAUGCUACAAAAUGGUCAGACAUUAAUACUUGGGGUGGAUAUGAAUAUCCAGGAGACGGAGAUUCCGUUAUUGUUAAUGCUGGAUAAACUUUGAUUGUUGAUGUUAAGACACCUAAAUUGAUGUAAGUCUUGGUUGAAGGAGCUCUCACAUUCUCUGAUGAAGUAGAUACAUCUUUGGAUGCUCAUUAUAUUGUGAUUAGAGAGGGUAAAUUCAAUAUUGGUACAGAAUUGGUGGCUCACUAACAUAAAGUUUAGAUUACUCUAUAUGGUGUUGAGGAAGAUACUUAAAUGCCUGCUAUGGGUAAUAAGGUUUUAGGAUGUCAUCAAUGCCAAUUAACUAUUCAUGGAAAGGAAAGAACUCCCACUUGGACACUAUUAUCAAGCACAGCCAUAGCCGGAGCAACUCAAAUCACAGUCGAUGAUGCCGUAGACUGGUAGGUAGGAGAAUAAAUUGUCAUUACCUCCAGUGAAGUUGAACAUAUGCAAAGUGAAAAAAGAUACAUUACAGCUGUCAGCGCUGACAAGAAAACUUUGACACUUGAUUAACCACUUACACAUCAACAUUACUCAGCUGUUGAAACCUAUGGAUCAGAAUAAUUCCCAAUGAAAGUUGAAGUUGGUUUAUUAACAAGAAAUAUAGUUAUUCAAGGUGAAGAGUCUGAUUUGAAAUAUGGAUAUCAUUUAAUGAUUCAUGGAAGAGCCGAGAAAGGAGCAAUUGGUAAAAUAUCAUAUGCAGAAUUCAGAUACGGAGGUUAACCAAGAAUUAUCGGUAGAUAUCCUGUUCAUUUCCACUUGAAUGGAGAAGUUGAUGAGUCAUAUGUUGUUGGUAAUGCCAUUCACGAUUGUUAUGCUCGUUGUUUGACUAUUCAUGGUGUUCAUUAUUUGAAGGUCUAGAAGAAUGUUUGCUAUAAUACCUUUGGACAUGCCAUAUUCUUUGAAGAUGGUAUUGAAACAAACAAUGUGGUUGAGGAUAACCUUGUUGCUAGUACUAAAUAAAGUUGGAUCAUGUUGUAAACAGAUAUUACUGUGGCCACAUUUUGGGUUACAAAUCCUUAGAACAUCGUAAGAAGAAACAGAUCAGGUGGUUCAGAGUGGUAUGGUUUCUGGUAUGAAAUCAAAACAAAUCCAGAUGGCCCAUCAGCCACAUCAGAUAUUUGUCCUCCAGGCCUAAAUAUACUUGAAUUUAAGGACAAUUGGGCUCAUUCAAAUGGCAGAUUCGGGCUUCGUAUUUUCUAAUUGGCUCCAAGAAAGUUCCCAUGUUAAGGGCCAGAAAAUUGGUCAAAUGAUUAACCCUACCUUGACAAUCCAAGUCUUUAAGCAGUUUUUGAAACAUUCCGUACAUGGAAAAAUAAUGAAUGUGGUGUCUUGGGAGAAGAAUUGGGUAACAUAUAUUUCAAAGACAUUAUGAUUGCUGAUUCCAAGUUUGCUGGUUUCUAAGCUCAUAAAGGUAACUUCUCAGCUGAGGGAGCAGUGUUGGAUAAUGCCUUGAUUAUUGGUAAAUCAAACAGCAAUGCAAAUCCCGAUAUCACUUACUAUGAUGGAUCAAGAGCAAUGGUUGUGCCAAGAACAAAUGGAUUUUUAGCUAAGAACAUUAGAAUUUAUAAUUACGGAAGCAAUUCAGCAUUAAUAGAAUCAUGUUCCGUAUGUUGGAAUGUGAAGUUGUGGGUACAAGGAGGUAAAAACACAUAAUUUAUAAAUGUCAAUGCAUAUAAUUCUGAUUCUGCUAAUCGUAUUUUCUGGUAGAAGCAUAGAAGAGAAAUAUUCUGGGAUUAGGAUGGUUCAAUUUCAAAAGUAGCAGGAGGAGCCUAUAUUAUCCCAUACAAGAAACACAUAGAUGGCAUUCCAGGAUGUGUUAAUCAUCCAGAAGAUUUUUGGGAUAAUUCAAUCAUUUGUGCAAUGAAUUAAGUUACGAUAAGAGAUGUUUUGAUUAAUAAUCCUACUCCAGAACAAGAUUUCACAGGAGUUGAUAUGAAACUAUAUAGAUUGGGCACUAGUGAACUUGCAGUUAAAAUGGAUGCUAAUAUAGACGAGAGUAAACAUAUUGAAGGUGAAACUAUGAAGAUUAUAAAGAAGAGUCACGAUGUUAAAUUAUCAUUUGCAAGUGUAUUUGCUACAGGUUUCACUUAUAAUGUUCAUUUCAAAUUUGGAGCAAGUGAUCCAUUAAGCAUGGGUAUCUUUGCAUCCCCAUACUUCAGUUAAACUGAUGAUGCUGUAAUUCUUAGAUUCAAUUACUCUGCCAAUAGAGAAACAUUUGAUAUCAUGAGAAACAUUGGAGGAUAAUUCCCAGUAAAUUACACAAAAUUGGAGUAAAUUCCAGAUACUAAAACUUGUAAUUAAGGUGAUUGGUACAAUGAUAGAACAAAUAAACUAUUCUUCAUUUGCUUGUCUGGUAAGAAUAAGAAGAAGUAUGAAUAUGUUGAGGUCAGAGGAGUUAUUUGUCGAGAUGAAUGUGAUAGCUUAGGAGAUGUACCAUAGGAAGACGGCUAUAGAUAUUGGAGUGAUCCAACCACUUGGAUAGAUAACAAAGUUCCUGUUGAAGGAGACAGUCCUAUCGUACAAGCAGCAUAUCAAGUCAUCUUGGAUGUCGAUCCUCCUAAACUUGCUAAUCUAACGAUUUUGGGAUCAUUAAUUUUUGAUGAGAGAAGAGCAUCAACUAAGUUGGAAGCAGAGAGAAUUUGGGUUAGAACAGGAAAAUUAUUAGCUGGUAAUUCCACUAAUCCAUUCCCUGGAAAGAUUUUAAUUUAAUUGAAUGGAGAAUUCGGAGAUAGCCCAUUAGUAAUUGAUGCUAAUCUGGAUGUUGGUAAUAAAGUACUCGCAGUCACAAGAGCUAUGGAAUUGUACUCAACUCCACCAGGAACAGUAUGGACUAGAUUGGCAGCAUAUGCUGAUGCAGGUGCAACAACUGUGACAGUGGCAGAGUGUGCUGGUUGGGCUGUAGGAGAUGAGAUUGUAUUCGGUCCUUCAGGUAGCGAUCCAGAAUAAAGAGAGAAGAGAUCUAUUACAGCUAUUACUGGAUGUGUUUUGACUUUGAAUUAGGCCCUAGAAUUUGACCAUUACGGAGCUCCUUCAGUAACUAUUGAUAAACCUGGAAUUGGUAAAUUAGAUAUGAGAGCUGUUGUUGGACAUCUAACCAGAAAGAUUAAGAUUCAAGGAGGAGACAGUGUUCAUGGUUUGGGAUGCAGAGUCUUGAUUUAUUAAUUUGAAGAACCAGGAGCGAAUUUAGGAUUCCCAAGAAGAGGAUACACAGUUUUACAAGGUGUUGAAUUCAACAAUUGUGGUCAAUUUGAUACUCAAAGAAGUGGAUUAGAUUUUAGAAAUCUUAAUAGCGAUAUCAUUAAGACUCAAAGUGAAGUAGUUGGGUGUUCAUUCCAUGAUACUACAGGCAUGUUGAUGACAAUCUAGAAUUCAUAAUACAUUACGAUCAAGAAUAACAUAUUCUUCAAUGGUAUCAAAGCUUUGGUGUAGAUUAAUAACAGUCAAUAUGUGAAAUUCUAGGAUAAUGCAUUGAUUUAUGUGAAGAAGAGAUUAUUAACAGAUGGAGGAAUUGCCAAUUGGGCUGUAUUUGGUAACUUUGUCUACAUGGAUGAAUUGGUACCAACCUAAAUGACCAGAGAUAUUUUUGAUGUAUCUGGAAAUGUUGGACAAGGAUCUCAAGACACAGGAUUCUUUGUUAUGGCAAGUAAAUGUUCAGAUGCAUAUUAAUCAUCAUUCUAUAACAAUCAUUGUUCAGGUACUGUUUUGGCUUGCUUCGGUGUAAGACAAGACCCAGAAGGCUAAUGUUCAUACAUUCAAGGGUUAUCUGCUCAUCACAGUGAAGUUGGUAUAAUGUAUGCAGUUUACAGUGAGUAGAUCUAACUUGAAAAGUCAAUUGUAGUUGAGAAUGAUAGAGGAAUAGCUUUGAAACCUGCUCCAAAUAGCAUAUAAGAGAAUAAAAUGAAGCUCACUAAUAUCUUCAUCUCAGCCCUAGCCAGACCAGAGUGUGUGAAAUGCUACUCUGCUUCACUUAAUCCUAAUUGUCAAGGCCAAAUGGGUAUUUAAAUGGGUACUUUGACUUCAUCAGCAUUCCCUCCUAUUUCAUCAAAACCAUCUUCUGCAUUUGACACAAUUUGCACAGUCUAAAGAGUCGAUCUCAAGGUCUACUUAACAAAUGUGGAAUUCCAUAACUAUAGAUUAACCUAUGAUAACCUACCUAGAUGUAAGAAUAAUGCUGCAUUCAGAUAACACCAUGGAGCACAUGAUAUGACAGGACAACAUUACCUAGUAAACUCUCCAUGCACUAAUUGUGAAUUCAAUGCGUUGUUGUACAAGUCUAGGAAUCCAGAUUCAAGUAAACUAGGAUGGUUUGGAGGAUGUGGAUCAUUUUUAUGCACAGGAUAAAUCAACUUUUUGAUUGAAGAUUAAACUGGUCACUUCUUUGGAUAAAUCGGACAAGGUAUUGGUAACAACACAUACUUUGGACCAAAUGUCACUUAUUGUUCAAGACAAGAAGCUUGGAAUGGAUAUUGGUGUCCAGGCAGAUAAGCCACUGUUUUGAUGUUUAUGAGUACUGCUGCAGACUACAACAAGAGAUUGUAUUCGCCAAUCAAGUUGACCGAUGGAUUAUUCUUUAAUGAAAUUAACAGUUAUGCUGAGUGGAAUUGGGACGGUCCUGAACCAUUAAAUUUGAGAGAAUCCAAAUUCGUAGGUUUAAUCACAGUCAAUACAGUGAUCAAUAUGACAAAUGCUGGUAUGAAUCCAACUUCAUCUGAAUAUUGGCUAUCAAAGAGAUCAGAGGCAGGUAGUCCAGAAGAUUGGGUUAUUUUGAAAUGGCAAUUCUCUGUUCCGUAAAUCAUUCAAGUCAUGGUCAAUAAUAAAGUUGUCUAGCCUGGACUUACUACUAACAAUAAGCAUCAUGAUCUAACGACAAUGACUAAUCAAUGUGGUGCCAAUAAUUACUUCUUUGAAAAUAGAACUAUUCAUUUUGUUUUGACUGGUAAAUUGGAUUGCAAGAUCAAAAUCGCUUUGAAGAAUACCCUCCAAGUUUCAACAAGACUUGAAAUAACCACUACAGAAUUCUUUGGCGAUAAAUUCCUAUAAUAUGCAAGAGCACAAAUUGGAGGAGAUCCUUACAACUAUUUCAUCAUUGGAACCAAGAAAUACAGAAGAAGAUUUUUAGAGGAAUCCACAACUACAUCUGUUGUUGUUGAUUGGGGUAUUGCAGACUCUGCUGAAAUUGGAUCUAAUGAAGGCAAAUAAUCCUAAUCAAGACUUGCUGAAAUGGCUACUAAACUAGAAUCCUUGGGAGUUUCAGAAGACUUGAAAUAACUAGGAGUUGUUGGUCUCAAACAUGAAUCCACUACCAUUUCAUCAAUUUCGGAUCUUAAUUUCAAGAGCACAGAACAAACAUCAGGUAAAUAUUAUAAUUUAUAUUUUAGAAAUUAUUCUAGUUCCAGGAGGAAACACAAACAAUAACAAUGGAUAAGGCAGCAAUAAUGGCAAUAAUAAUAACAAUAAUAAUAACAACGGCAAUAAUAACAACAAUAAUGGAAAUGAUAAUCCCUCCAAUAAUAACGAUGAUUUGGUUCUAGUAACUGAUGAAGGAGUUAAUCAAUAAGAUGGCAAUAAUAAUUAAAAUAACAACUCUACAAAUCCAGGAACCAUCUAAAAGUCUAUUAAAAAAUCAGAUAACAGUUCUGCAACUGUGACCAUUGUUGUGGCUGUUAUUUGCUCUGUGGUUGGCGUUUCAUUAAUAAUUGCUGGUCUACUCUAUUAUAAGAAACUUAAAUUGGCUAAAUUAAUGGCUAUCAGAAAUCAAAAAGUAGACAACGAAUUCUUCAAAGCAAGUAUAACCGAUUAAUAACCCAUCGAGGCUCCAUAAGAAUGAUUAAAUUUAG